AUGCCUUCCACCUGUGCAUCCAAGGCUGCCCUGCUCAAGGGUCUCCGACCUGUCUUCGCCAGCCAGCAACAAGUCGCUGCCACUCAAAAGGUCCUCUCCAUGGCAUGCCAGACAUCUUGCAUCUACUGCGACAUCUGGCAGUUGGCUGCUCUCACCGCCACACAUAUGCCCUUGGCUGCCCGAUACAACCUCCGCUCCAAUUCACCAACGAGCUCACCAACAUCCUCAACUCCGUCAAGCCCGACGUUCUCUCCAAUGUCGAGAACAACAUCAGAAUCAACACUAUACCCACACAUCUCGUCUGCCGCAAAGAGGAUCGAAGCUCAAAUGCAAACUCAACGGUCACAACUCUCAUCCAUCCUCAGCUUCUGCACGGUAUCCGGAGUGGAGGGGUGUGAAGGUCUCCGAGUCGCUCAUGACAGAUGCUCGGCAGCCGUUGAGGACCUUCUUGACCAAGAAGAAGACCUGGAAGAAGAACUUCUCGAAGAGCUUCAGGACCAGUACGACUACGACUACGGUUAUGCUUCGCAGUACGCUUACUCCGACGACAAAACAUACGAAUACCCCCAGCAGAGACGGCCGAGCUUGGUCGACGUGGCAAUAUAG